AUGACGGCGGUGAAGGGCGGAGCCGUUAAAUUUAGUGGUGGGCCUUCGAAAGCCAAGGCCAAAGCCAAAACCAAAACCAAAACAGUUUUGCCUUCUCCUUCUUCUGAGUUGGGCAAGUUCCUAAAUAUUCCCGUGACGGCUCGUUCCGAAACUUCCAAAUUGAUCUCCAAGUUCAUCAAACUCAACAAUCGCCAGAACCCUGGAAUGAAGAAGGACAUGCUUGGUGAGGAGAAGUUGAGGUCUAUAUUGGCUGGGAAAGACAGAGUUGGUAUUCCAGAGAUUGCCAAAUUGCUGUCUGGGCAAUUUGUGAAAACGCAACGAUAG